AUGUAUCUGUUUAUUUACUUCUACCUCCUAAUGAGCUUUUUUGAAGAAGUGCAUGGUUUUUGUCCUUCACAAUGCACUUGCGUUUACCAUGGCAGAAGUGAUGGCACUGGAACAAGGUCUGUGCUCUGUAAUGAUCCUGACAUGUAUGAGAUCCCUGUGAAUGUUCCUGUGGAUACUGUAAAACUUCGUAUAGAGAAAACUGUCAUACGAAGGAUUCCAACUGAAGCCUUUUACUACCUAGUAGAUCUCAAAUACCUGUGGGUAACUUACAACUGUGUAGCCAACAUUGAUAUCAGCAGUUUCUAUAACUUGAAACAACUGCACGAGCUACGGCUGGAUGGUAAUCUGCUCUCGACUUUCCCUUGGGAAUCGCUGGCAGAGAUGCCCAACCUACGGACUCUUGAUUUACACAACAAUAAAGUGACCAGCAUUCCUGCUGAUGCUGGCCGGUACCUGAGAAACCUCACCUACCUAGACAUAUCCAGCAACAAGCUAACCACCUUGCCAUCAGACUUGAUGGACAUUUGGCCCCCCUUCUCAGAAGCUGUCCUGUCCAAGAACACAGACAUUCUGGCGACCCAGAGAGUCAUUUUGGGUUUGCAGGAUAACCCAUGGUUUUGUGACUGUCGCAUUUCAAAGCUAAUUGAAUUUUCCAAAAUUGUGGACAACUCCGUUGUACUUCUUGAUCCAUUGAUUUCAUGUAGUGGACCUGAGAGUCUGGCAGGAAUCUUGUUCCAGAGAGCUGAGUUAGAGCAGUGUCUUAAACCAUCUGUGAUGACAUCGGCGACAAAAAUCACUUCCCCGCUGGGAAGCAACGUUCUGCUACGCUGUGAUGCGACUGGGUACCCAACACCACAGCUUACUUGGACUAGGUCAGACAAUAUACCAGUGAACUAUACAGUAAUUCAAGAAACACCUGGAGAGGGUGUCAGAUGGUCCAUAAUAAGCUUGACAGGGAUUUCAUACAAGGAUGCAGGAGAAUACAGAUGUAAAGCCAAGAACUUAGCAGGAAUGUCAGAAGCUUCUGUUACUGUCACAGUGGUUGGUGUAGUUACUACAACUGUGUCACCACAGAAGUAUGGAAGGAAGCAAGAGGCAGAGAGACAGAAUACCACUCAGGAGGAAUCCAAGCCGGAACCUGAGAGGACAACCACACCUCUUCCCACCACACCGACCACCACAGCACUGGUUAGCACUGAAAGAUCAACGAGCGUCAAGUUUACUGAAAAGAAGCAAUCCAGGCCCCUGUUUGAUGGAAAGAAAAAUCCAAAGGCAACUUCAUUGAAUACAGCAGGUAUGGCUGAGCAAAAUGUUACUGUAAAGAACCUAAGAGUGAUCAGUGAAACUGAUGAGAGAGUGACCUUAACUUGGAAAACUGUCAAUGCCACAAGCAACUCUGCAGUGACUGUGUUAUACUCAAAGUAUGGUGAGAAAGAUAUGUUGCCUCUGAGCACCGAUUCUAGCAAAAACAAAGUCACAAUUGAUGGUUUGCAACCUAGUACUCAAUAUAUGGCAUGUGUCUCACCCAAAGGAGUGCCACCUACAAAAGAGCAGUGCGUUAUUUUCUCCACUGAUAGGUUAAAUGAUGAAAACAGCUCUCAGUUUUCUAUUCUGAUAUUGGCCAGCAGUGCAGCAUGUGUGGUUGUUUUACCUUUGAUAUUUUUCUUACUCUACAAAGUUUUAAAACUUCAUGUGAAACCAAAAACUGCAAAGGAAGCUGACCUUGCAAAAGAGACCUAUGUGAAAUUUGAAACACUAUCUCUGAAGCCUCGAACAGUGAGUGCAGGAGAGCAGCUCUGGGCACGAAGGUACACAGAUGAGUCAGAAAGACUUCUCCUUUGUUCUAGGUCAAGCAUGGAUUCUCAAAUGACCUUCAAAAGUGAGGGCUCUAGGUCUGAGUAUCUGUGUUGA